ACGAACCCUGGAUGACCUGUAGGGGGCGUGGCGGUAAAACGUAGAAUAUCAGAACGAAGAAGAAGAUGUUUGCGGAAGUUUGUUAUCUGUGGAAUUUCCAGGGCUAAGCUAACCUUACUUACAUCGUUUUUUACCCACUUUAGUCACGUUUAUCGUGUGAUAAAUUGGGAUAUUUAUAGGCUGUCGUUAAUUAUCUACAGUGUCGUUGAUUUUAAAACAAGAAUGAAUCCUAGUCGUUUCCUUUAGCGACUUAAGAGCCCUACUCUAGGGCGAAACAUUUCUGUAUACACAUUUUAAGUCUUUCAUCGGAUGUAUUUCUCCUAUGAUGAGCGCCAUCAAAUGGAUUAAUGUCGUGAAAGCGAAGGGGAGAAGCUGCAGCUGACGUGAAAUGAUGGCAGGCCUCGUCCUGUCAGUCAGGUCCUUGUUCGGCGCAGGUCGUCCUGGAUUCUGCGUGGUAACGUUGGCGCUGAUAACGCUGAUGCUGCUGAUGUAUGCUGGGGGCAUCCAGGCAAGUCUGAGCGUAGGUCCGGGAGGAUACUUCCCGAGGUUCAGAGAUGUGUUUCUGUAUGCUCUCAGUCAUGAUGACUCGCCCUCCCUGCUGAUCAGCGUGGUUCUCCUGUUGCUGCUGGGAUCGUGUCAGGAGCGCCGCUGGGGAUCAGUGGCCUUCCUGCUCCUGUCCAUCCUCACCAUGGCCCUGCUGUCCUUCAUUUACACGCUGGUGCUGUUUGUGGUCGGAGGUGAGGCGAGUCGGAUCUGUGGCUUCUCUGCCACCCAGCUCGCCCUGUUUACGGCUCAGUGUCGACAGGCCACACAAAGGAGGCUGCUGAGGUGUUUACCGGUCUGGUUCCUGCCAUGGCUCUUUCUGCUGGCUGGUUUGCUGCUGCUGCCAGACACACCAGCCCUGCUUCAUCUCUGUGCGAUAUGCAUCGGGCACAACUAUCAUCAGCCCUUUAUUGGGACGUUGCAGGAACUGGAAGAGACCGGGGUCUUUGAUUUCAUUCCUAAUUGGAUGUAUGUUCCCACUUCAACCAGGUUCAGAUUGCCAACUUUUGCAACCAUACAGAGACCAUUUCCUGAGUUCAUGGUGGCUGAUCGUGCAACUCCUCCGCCAGUGAGGGGCCCCACAGCUUACAACCCUAACCCAUGGAUGGAGCCAUCCCUUCCCUGGGCAAUGGGGGCGCAGUCGGCUGCUGCUGUGUCUGAGGCAGAAGUGUUGGAGGAGCAGAUGCUACGAGCGGGGAUACUGGCCUCCUUACAGGACGCUCCUGAAGAAGGGCCUGACUCAAAAGUAGAGGUCCCCAAAUCAUCGGUUUCAUCUCUGCGGCUUCAGCAGCUGGAGAAGAUGGGCUUCCCCACCGACAAAGCUGUGGUGGCAUUAGCGGCAACCAAGCAGCUAGAUGGCGCCAUCUCACUACUUAUUGAGGACAGCGUUGGAGAACAAGCUGUGGUGGUAUCUAAGGGGAAGAGCCAUCCUCCGCACCAGAGCACCUAAAACAAGCUCGCAUCACUGGACUCGUUCUGCUACAGCAUUUGCACUUUUUAAGUCAAACUGGACAUACAUCCUGCUUGGGUUUUGCUGAGCUACUUUAUUUUCCCUGUGGGCUACAUGAAGAACAUUUACCCAUCUGGAUAACGUGAACGAAGAGCUGAAAAAGUUCCCUAAUAAAAUGCUUUGUAUUUCCAUAUCAGCAAAUCACAGAUGGUGAAUGUCAUUUUUUUUCUCUGUAAGUUAUAAAAUUGUUUAACCAAUACUUUUGUACCACAAAUUCAGACAGGUGAGAUGUUAAAAUAAUAAUAAAAACAUUUUAUUACACUUACAUCUAAGCAGGAUUAUCUUAACACAGUAACACAUUUGCAAGAAAAUG